CAGAAACAUAAAUGAUGAUUGAUUAAAUCUUAUAAACAUCAGGAUUGGCUUAGAUGUUUUGGUGGUGGAAGAGAAACCAAGAUGGUGGAAAUGGUGAAAAUGAACGGUAAGAUGAUAGUGGGGACCAGCAGCUAUCAGAUGGAUGAGGAUGAGGAAGGAUACGCUGCUGUAUCAGAGUGGUCAGAGAAUUCAAAACUGAGAUGGUUCACAACAGGAUUCCUUCAUGUACUUUCCUAUUUACUAGUCUUCCUGACAGCACCGAUAUCCUUCAUAUUUGUUCUAAGAAAAAUCCCCGAGUACGAACGUGCUGUAGUGCUUGGGUCUACAUUAGAAAUGGCAAGUGUGAGAGGUCCAGGCUUGAUAUUUGUUCUGCCAUUUCUUGAAAAGAUAAGGAGAAUUGAUACAAGAACAAAAGUUUUCGAAGUUCCACCUCAACAGAUCCUAAGCACUGAUUCAGUUACACUCACAGUUGAUGCUGUGAUAUACUACAGGGUCCAUGACCCCGUUAGAGCUGCAAUACGAGUUCAAGAUUAUAACCAGAGCGUUCGAAGUCUUGCAGCUUCCACGUUAGGUUCAAUACUUGGCACAUAUAAGCUUUCGGCUUUGCUCUCUCACAGAGAAGAAAUCGCUAAAACGGUGUUGAGCACAUUUAAGCAUGCGUGCGAUCCGUGGGGAAUAACUGUCGAGAGAGUAGAGGUAAAGAAUCUGUGUGUAGCUCGGGAAAUGGUAAAGAGUAUGGCCGUAGAAGCUCAGGCCUUUAGAAAUGCUAAUGGGCUUGUCAUAAUGCAGAAGGGAGAAGGCAAGUGCCUGGAAAAAAUAAGAGCGGCAGCUGAUGAAAUGCAAUCUUGUCCUACAUCCCUUGUUCUUAAAUAUUUGCAGGUACUCAAUAAAAUAUCCACAGAGAAGAAUCAUACAGUAAUACUUCCAAUUCCGGCAGCCUUUCAGAAUAAUUGGUCACAACAAGUCCAAGAAGAAAAGUGUUCUACAGAUACAACAUAGAAUAUUUACUACUUAUUCAAGAUUCUCUCUAUGUUUAAACUUUUGUGAGACAUAGCGCUAAUAUACAUCGUAUAGGGGAUAUCUAUCCCCAAUAUAAAAUUAAAUUACGGAAUCAGUUUAAUCCACAGAUACGGAUAACUUCUUAAUCCAGAAAUUCACUACACAAAAGUUGUAUCUCCAAUGUAAAGGAAUUGAGUCUUUGCCACAAACUCUGAUUUUCUAAUCCUAUAUUUUUGCAAUCCAAAGACGUAGACCUUAGAUAUUCCUAACUCUAUAAACUCCGUUAGAUAACAAAAAUAAGUUUGAAAUGUCAAAGAUUUACACCAUCAGGUUACAGAAAAAUUGAAAUUAUAACAUUCGAGUUUGUGGCGAAUGCUCAAUUCCUUUAUUGGUAAAAGUGUAUAUUUUUCAUUCGGGGUCUAAUGUUAUCUUUCCACCUUUCAUAUAAAUAUAUAUCAAAGGUAUAUAAUAUAUAUACUUUAUAGGUUA